AUGGUUCAGCCUAAUCCCUAUUUACUCGGGAGGUUUUUGGACCCUGUGUUCGCUUUAGCUGUGGGAACUGUGAGUUACUACGCUCAUGAAAGGAAGGUUGGCCGCGCAGAGGGCCAUUCGUUGAACGAAUUAGUCCGCAAACGGCUCGAACGAGUUCGUGCUGGAAAGCAUGUCGGACAGUAUUGA